CUUUUCCUUUCCUGAGGCACUUGGGGGAGGAGGUGUUUGCAUUUCUCCGCAGGACCAGCUCGCUUUGCAGAGCAUUGUCUGGGAGCUGGCCCAUCCCCUGAGCAAAGGCAGCUUGGACAUGACCGGCAGGAGAGGGAGGAGGAAUUUGGAUUCCCUUCGGAGGCACCGACCCCUCCUCCGCCCGGUGCGAACGAGGUGGGGGGAGCCCGACUCCGGCCGCUCAUUUGCACCACCGGCAGCCUUAGCAGGACAGGUUUUGCUUGGAAAGGGGUCAGUAUUCCCCCCUACAGCUGGCUCCGACCCCACUGGUACCCGCCCCGCCCCGGCACGGCGGGGAUGCAGCAUCUCCAGCACCGGGACGGAUCCUUGCUGCAAUGAGAUCUGAGCCUUGAUGUGAAGACCUCAACCAAAAGAUCUGCAGAAAGUGUGUGCUUCAGCCAGCCCUAGAAAUAGUGUUAAUAACAAAAGAAACUAAAGUUCAAAAUUAAGAGAGAAGAUGGCCAUCGACUGGAAGAUCUGCUUCUUCCCUCUCAUAUUGCUUCCCAUGGUCACAGCAACGCAUUCCAAUUGCAUCAUUAAAAAGGAGCAAGAGACUUGUCUGGAGAAGAUACGGAGGGCAACUGCCCUGAAUCCUCUCAAUGACUCUUCUCCAGGUUGCCCAGGAAUGUGGGACAAUAUUACAUGCUGGAAACCUGCAAGUGUGGGUGAAAUAGUCUUUGUCAAGUGUCCUGCACUAUUCAGGUUUAUCAUCUCUGAAGACGGUUGGGAAGUAGAUAACUUGGGGCAAACCCAUGCAGGUGAUUAUGACCUGCUGGAAAGCACAGCCCAGUCUCCCCUAGGGGACAUCAGCAGAAAUUGCACUGAAGAUGGCUGGUCUGAACCUUUUCCUCAUUAUUAUGAUGCCUGUGGCUUUGAUGAAAAUGAAACAGAAUCCGAUAACCAGGAUUACUACUAUCUGUCUGUGAAGGCUCUGUACACAGUGGGAUACAGCACUUCUCUUGUUUCCCUCACCACUGCCAUGGUUAUCCUGUGUCGUUUCAGGAAGCUUCACUGCACUCGAAAUUUUAUCCACAUGAACCUCUUUGUUUCAUUCAUCCUACGUGCUAUAUCUGUAUUUAUUAAAGAUGGUGUUCUUUAUGCUGAACAGGAUGGAAACCACUGUUUUAUCUCAACCGUGGAAUGCAAAGCUGUGAUGGUGUUUUUUCACUACUGUGUCAUGUCCAACUACUUCUGGCUGUUCAUUGAGGGCCUGUACCUUUUCACCUUAUUGGUAGAAACCUUUUUCCCAGAGAGGAGAUAUUUCUACUGGUAUACUAUUAUUGGUUGGGGUACCCCAACAAUAUGUGUCACUGUCUGGGCAGUGCUGAGACUUCACUUUGAUGAUACUGGCUGCUGGGACAUGAAUGACAAUACUGCCUUGUGGUGGGUGAUCAAGGGUCCAGUGGUUGGAUCAAUCAUGAUAAACUUUGUGCUUUUUAUUGGCAUAAUUGUGAUACUUGUGCAGAAACUCCAGUCACCUGAUAUUGGGGGCAAUGAAUCCAGCAUUUACUUCACUCUCCCUCUUCCUCCCAGAUGCAGCUGCAGUCCAUGCACAGGACACAUGCGCAGCUGCGUUCAGAAAUGCUACUGUAAGCCUAAGAGGGCUAACCAGCACUCUUGCAAGAUGUCAGAACUAUCAACCAUUACCCUGAGACUGGCUCGCUCCACACUACUGCUUAUCCCCUUGUUUGGAAUUCACUACACGGUGUUUGCUUUUUCUCCUGAAAAUGUCAGUAAGCGGGAGAGACUAGUGUUUGAAUUGGGACUGGGAUCUUUUCAGGGUUUUGUUGUUGCUGUUCUCUACUGUUUCUUGAAUGGGGAGUUUCUCCCUAAAGGUGCAAUCAGAAAUAAAGAGAAAAUGGAGGAGCUGGAAAGUCAACCGGUAUUUUGCUGUGGAUUUCAAACAUCGUCAUCCUUCUCUAGCGAGCAGCGGAGUGAACGGGGGGACACAACUCUCCAUUCUGAGCAAGAGCAGCUCUCAGAUUCGGAUGUCCAGCAUAAAUGCGGAGAAUCUAGCGACAUGAGCAGCUAAGGAAAACAAAUCAAUCUACAAGCAAACCAAAACCUAUCCCUUUAAAAAGAAGAAAAAAAAUGAUAGUUUUGGUGGUGGUGUAGGUUUCCUUUCCUUUCCUUUCCUUUCCUUUCCUUUCCUUUCCUUUCCUUUCCUUUCCUUUCCUUUCCUUUCCUUUCCUUUCCUUUCCUUUCCUUUCCUUUCCUUUCCUUUCCUUUCCUUUCCUUUCCUUUCCUUUCCUUUCCUUUCCUUUCCUUUCCUUUCCUUUCCUUUCCUUUCCUUUCCUUUCCUUCAUAUUUGCAGAGUUGAAAAAGCAAAGGAAAUGUGUAUAUAUAUCUUUUUAACAACCACUGUAAAUACCCAACUGUACUCAAGGCCAUUAAUGGAAAAAUGUUUAACAGAUAAACAACAGGCCAAGUCCACCCACUCACUGAUUUACAUUUCAGAGCAUCUGCAAGUAAUCUACUGUCAGUCAAAAGUCACAAGUGAUUGCUGUGCAGCUGUGAUCCUUGGAUGCCAAACUGAUACUAAUCUGUGAAUGGACAUGAUCGUUGUUAUUUUUCAAAUCAGUUUUCAUUUUGGUUCAGAUUUGCCUUUUUUUUUUUAACUCGGUCAAACUUAUCUUAAUCUGUCCCUGUCUUUUGGCAUGUGAAUUUCUGCAGUGUUUCUCUUUAGAGUCAGGAUGGAGAUAACAUGCUCAGAUUAAUCAAACCAGCUGAAUCAGGAAGAACUCCAGAAAAUCCAUGACUGGAUUUAGUCAGAUGUACCCAGUGGACUUAACGAAACUGCUGUGCCAAUGUGAAGCUGUAUAGCUACCGUUAAUAAGUGGGGGGCUCCAGGCAAGAGAAAUGGGAUCACCUGUCUUUUUCUGCAUCCAAGGACACUUCUGAGAAUGGUUUAUGUUCUAGCUAAGCUGUGAAUUUUCUAAGAGGGCCAUGCAGUUGAGAUAUAUCUAUAUUUUUGGCACUGACUGAUUGAUUGAUAGAUUGAUUGAUUGAUUGAUUGGAUUCUUUGAACAAUAAAAUAACUGUCCCCUCCCUCUCACCUUAAGAACAAAAGUCAGUUCCAGGAUGGCCUUUGCCUCCAGAUAACUUUGAACCCUCUGCAUCUGUGUCCAAACAUGGCAUGGUUUUGAGUAGUACUGUCACACAGGAUGUGGUGCCUUUGACUUCUGUGUGUUGACUCUUCCCUGCCAGAGCAAGAGGCACAAAAGGGAUCUGGCAUAAUCCUGUUUUCUUGGAAAGAAAACACCAUCUGCAUUUGGUAAGCAACUAAAAUGGACAGUAAUAUGGUAUGGAAGAAGAGAUAAAGACUUUGGAUGACUUCCCACGCCUGGCGGUUUUCUUGCUCUUUGGAUAUUCUGUUUGUUUAACCACCAAUGGUCUUAUUGCUUUUCUUUGAGAGGAACUAAAAUGUUCUUUCGACCUUUGCCUUGUAGCUGAAGCCACGACUGCUACAUAUCUACUUCAAUCAAAUGUUGAUGAUGUCAAUUCUUAAAAGCCUUUAUACAGUGCAUAAAGGCUUUGAGGACCGUCCUACACUCACUUCAUUUUGGAUUUAUGAACUGGUAUACAUAUAUAUAAAUAUAUAUGUGUGUGUAUGUGUAUGCAUAUAUUAAAAAAAAAGCAAAAAUGGAAAUGAUAUUUUAAAUGUGAAGGUUCAAAUUGGAACUAAUGUUAACAAAGAAAUUAAAAAUUCAGGCUUGUUCUUUGGUGUUAGUUGACAUGAUCAUGUACUAAAAAAAGAAAAGUGACUCAGAAUUUUAGUGUCUGCUGAGUUUGAGCUUUUAAUUUCACUGGGUUUUUUAGGUUAGAUAAAAAAAAAGUUUCAAUGUCAUUUUAAGCAUAGGCUUUUAAAAAUAAUGCAAGUUUCCUUAUUUUUAAAAGGAGAAAAAAGGUCUCAUAAAGUUGUGUAAAAAUAUUAGUUAUAAUACCUAACACUUCCAUAGUGCUUUAGGGGACACAAUCUGCUCUCAGCUGUAGCAUUAUAAAUGAAUGUACAAAUAAUAUGAAACAGACAGGAAUGUUGAGAUCAACUUCAUAUUUGUACAGGAUCAUCUUCUUAUGAGAUGCUUACACGCAUUUCAGGUGAAAUCUACCCUUGCACAGAGGACUGACAAAAAGUUUUGAGUCACUUGUAUUAUAUUCCAGCAUCUUAAGUAGGAGUUAAAUGAUCCAAACAUGUUUUUUUCCAAGUCUUCAGCACUUUGCUGCUCCGAGAGCAGAAUUUGUCCCCCUUUACCGGACUCUGCAACAGUCACUGAAGUAUUUUUAACUGAUAGACUGCAGCUUCCUCUCUCAUAAGACGCUGCUAGAAGUUAUUUUAGAAAGUUUCACAAGGAACUGUACACUUUGCAGUCCAGAAAGACAUGAGGAAAGUCAGACCUAUCAGGUAAAUGCGUACUUACAGAUUUUUUUAAAUGGGACUACUUAAUGUUAGAUGAACAGAUAACAUUUAGUUUUGUAUUUUAUGUAGUAUGGGCUUUCACAAGGUAUUAUAUUGACAGUAUUAUAAGAGUAUUAUUUAAAAAAUCAAAAAGUAUAUUUUGCACGAAUGGCUAGUAGCCAGCUUUCAAACGUUAACAAAUUAGAACUUUUGAGAAAAAGGUGUUGAAAAGAUGCUUCUAGCUGGAGACUUUUGGCCAUGUUCCAGCCUGGAGCAAGGUGGUGUUUGGCUCUUUAUUUUUCUUCUCUUUUUAAUUGUUAUUGUUGAGGCUUUUUCAGAGCUUACUUUGGGAUUCUUUUGUUUUUUGGGCUGUUGUAGAGUGCUUUGCAAUUUGAGUGGGUGGAUCUCAGUCCAGUGCCUCGUGGGCAAAUGUCACAUCACCAAAACCACCCUCCAGUCAUGCAGACUGGCGACCAGGUCCUCAGCUAGAUUAAAAUCAGUACGGCAAACUGUAGUUAUUGUUAGAACUGAGCCACUUCAUUUUGGCUCGGGUUUUGGCCUCAACACAUUACUAUUACUAUUAUUUUUCAGUGGUGCCAGUAAGAGAGGCACCACUGGACUCUCACCACAAGGACUGACUCGUGAUGGAAGUGUGUACUUGCCCCUUAAAUUCCUAAAGCCAAUGCUCAGAAGGAAGACAAUUCGGUAGGGCAGUAGGGGAAAAUUUCUGCUGUUACAGUCUCUCUGUUUCUUGGUCAGUGGACAAAUCAAAGUCUUUAGUACCUUUCACCAGCACUGAAUUUACUGUAAGAAAUUAUAUCUCUCAACAUAUUUAAUAUACAAUAUAUUAUACAUACAAUCCCCUUUUAUUAUGAUUUUUUUUUAAUUGACAGUGUUGAUGCACUUGCAAACGUGGCUUUCCGUAGUCACUUGAACUUUCUCAGUGUUACUAAAAAGAUCAUACUUCAGGUGUAUAUAGUUAUCUAAACCAGACUCAUGCCAUCGUACAAAUUAGCUCUCAAGAAAUCUUUAUGUUGAAUGUAAACUGGAGAUGCUGGACAUGUAUGGCCACCAUUCACAGUGGAUGUUAUUUCUAUUUGCUUCAGGAUGGAAGAAACCAACAGGUGGUUGGCUUCUAAGCAUGUGUAAAUAUCAAUUGAGUGUAACCGUGUUUUGUUUUAUUUUUCACUGUGUAAUAUACUUUGGAGCUAGAAAGCCUAUGUUAUUAAAAACAUAAAAAGCCUAUAUGUAAUUCAAGAAAAACAAUUGUGCAGUGCUCCUUGAGCCAUUUUUUUCUACCAUGUCCAUAAUGUAUUUCUUGUCUAAUUUUCUUACUUUGCUUUUGUAAAUGUACAAAAAGUUUCUGUGCUCCAGCUUUUGUGACUAUUUACUGUAUCUAACCACUGUUUAAUUAUUGACUUUUUGAUAUGGAGUGCUGGUACAAUAGGGCAGUUAACAUGCCAAAAUGAAAGUGACAACCUAUAUUUCAAAGGACAUGGCUUCUUUCAUUACUGCAUGGUGACUUUACCUCCUUUUACCUUUUCCUACAUUUAUUAUAUCCGGAACAAAGAGCCCAGGUAAUGAAAUUUAAAAACUUAGUUGAGGGAGAUUUUAUUUCGUAGGAAAUCACUGAAUCGCUAGGUUGGAAAAAAACUUUUAAAUCAUCAAGUCCAACCAUUCCUAUUUGCCACUAAACCAUGUCCCUGAGCACCUCAUAGAGGAAAAACCCAGGUUCCUCUUCCUUAUUCAAGUACUUGAAUUUGAAAACCAGGUGUUAAAAUGGGGUAAAGGGAGAGUGAAAAUGACAAUUACAGAGGUUUCUUUAGAUUAAGUGUCUUUAUGCACUGUGCUGCUGUGAAACACCUGAGGAUCCGAGACCAACAGCUCUAACACUGCUAAAUAUGUUUUGUUCUUUACUAUUUUGGCUUUGUAUAUUUUUAUUUACAGAUUUCUUUUGUCCAUGGGAUUUUAGGAAAAAAAAACCAACCCAACUAUUAUUAUGGUAAUACUAAUCUAGCCUAUCAUUGGUUUCUCCUUUCCUGAGAUAUGAACAGCUUUAUUUCAGCUAAAAUCUACAGUUUGUCUUUGAUCAGGCAGCUGAAAGACAAGACUAAAAAUAAUCAUGCUAUUAAGCAGUAUUUAUUUCAGCUCAAAUUUGAAUUUGGGCAGCAAAAACAAUGUGAAGAAGCAAAUACAGAUGUGCAAAUCCACUGAGAACAGCAGGAAAAUCUAACUAGAAGCGGCAAGCCAAGAUAUUGAACAAAAAAAUAACUAUAAAGACUAAGAGAAAAAUUCCCAAUUCUUGAAAAUCUAUAGACAAGGUUUGAGUUUUGAGCAGCUCACAUUCAGUCAGGUCUAAAGACAGAAUUGAUCAGUAUCUUCAUUGCUGGUUUCAGUUGUAAUCUUGCAAGGGAAGCUUUAUUGCUUCUUCCAGAAAAAAAGAGACAGCACUCAUUCAGUCAUGAUACUGCAGAAAAUCAGCAUUUAAGUGGGCAAAAUUUUAUUAAACAGCUUGUGAGAUUUCAGUGCUCGUGUGUCUACCACUGCUGCUAAAUUCUGACCAUGACUGCACAGUUCCAACUCUGGAGUUUGAUCCAUGCAGACACCUAACUUUACAUUAUCUUUCCAGCCCAGCCCUACCAGAAAUUACAUAUAAACUUUUCAGAGGGUACAGAAAAAAAGUUCUGUCCAGAGUGACUUUAGUAAACUAUGGCAAUAAAACAAAUGCAAACUCCAUUCGUUUAAUUGGCUUUAUUUGCCUUGUUUGUUUGAAAUUGUUUUUCAAUAGUGUUUCUGGAAAAAUUGAUUAUGGCAGAGAACUUUAACCUAUGGUUUGUGGAAACUUCAGAACCCAUAGAUUAUUUCUGUAUUGUCUAUGGAAGAUGAUUAUUACAAUCUAUAAACUUUCUGUACCUGAAGGGGGCCUACAAGACAGCUGGGGAGGGACUGUUCACAAAGACAUGUAGUGAUAGGACUAGGGGGAAUGGUUAUAAAUUGGAGAGGGACAGAUUUAGACUAGAAACAAAGAGGAAUUUCUUCACAGUGAGGAUGGUGAGGCACUGGAACAAGUUGUCCAGGGAAGUUGUGGAUGCCUCGUCUCUGGAAAUGUUCAAAGCAAAGUUGGAUGGGGCCUUGGACAGCCUAAUCUAGUGAGAGGUGUCCCUGCCCGUUGCAGAGAGGGUGGAAUUAGAUGAUCAUUAAUGUCCCUUCCAACCCAAAAUAUUAUAUGAUUCUAUAAAUAUGUGCUUGCAAACCUCCUGGAGGUCUUUUGUCUUACUGUAAUUCCUUGAAGGUUCCCACAGAUCAAAAAAAGGUUGAAAAAUACAGCUGAGGACGAGUUACUACAGGCUGUUUUCUCAGGAUAAUCUAGAUGGCUGCCCGUUUUUUUCCAUUUUCUGCACAUAGAAUCAUCCUUUUUAUGAACUUCUCAAUGCCUUCCAUCCAACAUUCACAAUAACAGAUAAUGAUAGAGAGGAGAUGGUGAGGAAAGCAUGACCACAGUUAACCACCUAUAAUCACAAGCAUUAUCUACGUCCCAAUAUUACAGAAAGAGCAAGAUGAAAAAGCAGUAUUAAAAAAAACAAAUGUAACCAGGUCUCUUUUCACAGUAAGUGAUCAGUUUGAGAAGAUACAAGUAGAACAGAUGCUGCAGCCUGGAUGAGGUUACUGUAAUUACCCCCCUGCCUCCUCAACAUCUACAGAAAUGUGCAAGCUGUGAUUUCACAGCUGCCAUGA